CAGACAGCAAAACAAUAAUGGGUGAGCCUCAAGUCGAUGAUCUGAUGGAUGUCCUGCGUGCUGACAUAAAGGACGUGAGACCUGCUGCAGGAGGAGCAACAGCAGAUCCGUUGGUCAGUUUCAAUAGCCACGAAUCUGCAGAUGCACCAACUGUAAUAUAUGUUGAUGCAUCUGCAGAAGAAGCGCUUCCCCCUUCAUCCACCCCCUCAGAAGAUCCCACCACGGGACAAAUGGGAGCUGUAAGGGCAGUGGAGUCUGCUGCCCAGGAACACAAGGCAGCUGCUCAGGCAGUGGCAUCCGCUGCACGGGCCCAAGAGGCAGCUGCCCGAGCACAGGAGUCCGCUGCGAGGGCCAAGGAGUCCACUGCGAGGGCCAAGGAGUCCACUGCGAGGGCCAAGGAGUCCGCUGCGAGGGCCAAGGAGGCAGCUAUGCGGGCCAAGGAACAGGCUGCCAAGGAGAAAAUUGAGGUGUUUGGAGGCAGCCUGGACAAGCACACGGAGCGGCGCCACUACCUCAACUCCCCCUUCAAGGCCCGCUACGUUCGCCUGCACCCCCAGCGCAGGAGGAGGUCCAUCGCCCUGUGCGCCGCCCUCAUCGGCUGCCCACACAAAGGAGACUGCGGCGAGGGCUUCUUCCGCGUCCCGCCCGAUACCAGCUGCGGUGAAUGUGUCUGGCUUGUAUUUUAG